UUGGCGCCCAAAUAUUUUUAACGAGUCUCAGGCAGUGUAGAUUCAACGAAGCUAUGGCUAUAUUACCAAACGCUGUCCAAAAUGAAAUACUCAAUAGGACGUGGCAUCAAUCGUUCGUGCUAAUGGCGGCGUUUUGGCCGACGAACCUCAUAACACUUUUAUCUGGAUCCAACUCGAGCAUCGAACAUAUAGUCGCCACGUUAAUCGCCAGUCACCGGGCUAUGAGACUCGAUUCGGUCGAAUAUAAUUUAGUGCUUACCCUCGUCCUGUGUCGACCCGAUCUGUGCGAUACAGCCGAGUUCAGAAACGACUUGACCACCAUCGGAACAAACGCCAAGGACGCUCUGAUGAAACACGCUGCGUUCAAGUCACCGACCAGAUACUACGGCAUAUUAGCCUGUAUACUUUCCGUCACAGAAGACAUCGCGGGAUACAUAAAAAUCAUUUUUUUCGAACCAUCCGUCAGAAAUGUACCGAUGCACCACCUCGUGUCGGUCAUUACUUAGACACUUUAUAAUUUAUUUAUUUUCUAGUCAGCUGCUUCUACAGUUUCACACCAAAAAAUAAACAAUUCACAUAU